AUGGGGCGGCUGAAUGGCUUCAUGUGUGCAGUGCCGGGCGUGCCCAUGCAGGUAGGUAGGCAUGUGUCUGGUAAGGUGCCCAUGCAGGUAGGUAGGCAUGUGUCUGGUAAGGUGCCCUUGCAGGGCUGCUUGCAUGGGUACAGGUCAGUUGAGAGAGGGGGUUUCACCAAGCAGCGUCACAAGGCCAUUGAGAGCAAGAUUGGCCGGCUGAAUGGCUUCAUGCGGGAGGUGCCUGGCGUGCCCAUGCAGGUAGAUCUUCAUCUCCUGUGGUCGCAGCAACUCAGGGGACCUAUCUUCAUCUCCUGCGGUCGCAGCAACUCAGGGGACCUGUUCCGGAAACCAGAAGGGGGGCUGUGGCAUCUGCUGUGCGAGUGUGGGAAUGAAGAGAGACAAGUGGAAUGGGAGAGAGACAAGUGGAAUGGGAGAGGUGAGUGUGUGGCAGUGAGUGCGUUGUGGCACGUGGGCGUGGUGUGGCAUCUGCUGUGCGAGUGUGGGAAUGAAGAGAGACAAGUGGAAUGGGAGAGCCCUGACGAAGACGUGCUUUUUGACGAAGACGUGCUUUUUGACGAAGACGUGCUUUUUGACGAAGACGUGCUUUUUGACGAAGACGUGCUUUUUGACGAAGACGUGCUUUUUGACGAAGACGUGCUUUUAGACGAAGACGUGCUUUUUGACGAAGACGUGCUUUUUGACGAAGACGUGCUUUUUGACGAAGACGUGCUUUUUGACGAAGACGUGCUUUUUGACGAAGACGUGCUUUUUGACGAAGACGUGCUUUUUGACGAAGACGUGCUUUUUGACGAAGACGUGCUUUUUGACGAAGACGUGCUUUUUGACGAAGACGUGCUUUUUGACGAAGACGUGCUUUUUGACGAAGACGUGCUUUUUGACGAAGACGUGCUUUUUGACGAAGACGUGCUUUUUGACGAAGACGUGCUUUUUUACGAAGACGUGCUUUUUGACGAAGACGUGCUUUUUGACGAAGACGUGCUUUUUGACGAAGACGUGCUUUUUGACGAAGACGUGCUUUUUGACGAAGACGUGCUUUUUGACGAAGACCUCAUUCUUCGCAGGAGGUGCUGCUGCAGCCCUCCAAAUUACAGUGAUUGCAGUCCACUCACAACACUCCUCUCUGCCUCCUCCCAUGUCUGCCUCCCUCCCUGCCUCGUCACCUCCUGCUUCCCUCCUCUGCCUCCCUCUUCUGCCUCCCUCCUCUGCCUCCCUCCUCUGCUUCCCUCCUCUGCCCCCCUCCUCUGCCCCCCUCCUCUGCCUCUUGUCCCCCGCAGCUCAUUCUUCGUGGGAGAUGCAUCUGGUCUCCCUCAGGACCACUGUGAUUUGAGUCCACUCACAGCACUCCCCUCUGCCUCCCCUGCCUCCUCACCACCUGCCUCCCUCUGCUGUUUCCUCCCUUCAGCUCCUUCUUCAUGA